UACCUGCGGAGCCCGCCGCGCUUGACCUCACAAACGACCCUCCCGGCCCGCGAGGCUGCUCUUCCCCAGCGGGGCCAGACGGCGCGCGCGCGGCCCCGAUGCCCCCCUUUCCGCCGGCGGCCAUGGAGGGGACCCCCAGCUCGCUGGAAACCCUGCUGUGGGUCUACCACUUCCACAGCUCCACGGAGGUGAGGCUCCGCCGGCGGCCCCGCCCGGGGCGGGCACCCCUGGGAGCUCCGCCCGGUGACCCGCCGGCGCCGCCGCCCCCGCUCCUUGCCCAGGUGGCCCUGCAGCCCCCGCUCCUGUCCUCCCUGGAACUCGCCGUGGCCGCAGCCCACGAGUAUCUGGAGCAGAGUUUCCGGGAGCUCGAGUCCCGCCAGCCGCGGGAGCCGCAGGGACCACCCGCCCCGAGGCCCACUCUGGGGCUGGUGCUGAAAGAGGCGGCGGCCAGCGUCGUGAGCUUCGGCGCCACCUUGUUCGAGAUCUCAGCCCUGUGGCUCCAGCAGGAAGUGCGGCGACUGGACGGCGACGCCGGAAGCCCGGGCCCGGCCCCAGGCGCCGGGGACCCGGGCGGAGCGCUGGCCCGGGUAGCCCAGGCGGCAGGGAAGGGGGCUCGGAGAGCCGGGGCUGCGGCGGGCGCAGGGGCCCGCCUGGCGCUGCAGGGGGCGUGGCUGUGCCUGUGUGGGCGGGGCCUGCAGGGCUCCACCUCCCUCCUGCCGCCGUGGGGGCGCCCGCUGGGUCUCGGGGCGGCCGGGGGACCGGUGAGUUCAGGACGGGGAAGGAGGCGGGGAGGAGUUGGGGGCCGGGGGCGGCGGGGCUGGUGGGGGGCACUGAGCCGGCCUGCCCCCGGCAGAGAUACUCAGGGGACCUCAAGGUGGCAUCCAGCAGCAGUGCGGAGGACGGGGGACCCGAGAACCCGCCGCCGCCCCAGCUCCGCCCCACGCUCGAAUAAAGCCCAGGCGGGCCCAGACGGCCGAGCGGCUCCGGGUGUCUCGCGGCCGUAGCCCCGCCCCAGCCUCGCCUGGCCCUGCCCCGCGGCUCCGCGGCCCCACCCCUCCCGCGGCCCCACCCGCACACGUGGGUCCCGCGCCGCGCCGCCACCUGCCCAGCAUCGGGACGCUCAGCGACGUUUCUGGGAUCUUCUGCGCGAUCAGGAACAGGAAGACUGUCUGGGCCAGCAGGACGUUGAUGGACACCGUGCACUUCUGGCCGCCGGCUGGAGGGAGCGCCCGGUGAGGCAGGCCCCGCCGCUAGCCGUGCACCCGGGGUCGGGCCCCCGCCGCCCCUUACCCUGCGCCGGCAGGAAGUAGGCGAGCAGCACCAGGCCCGAGAUGAGCACGCAAGGCACGAUGAUGUUGAUGACGUAGAAGAGCGGCUUCCGGCGGAUGAUGAGCGUGUAGAUGACAUCGACCACCCCCGGGCCGCCUGGGGAGGCGCCGUCCAGGCGGCGGAUCAGCCCGGGGCAGAAGUCGAUGGCCCACUCGCCAUUCUCUGCGGAGGGGGCGGGGGCGCGGUCAGCCGGCGCGGGCUGCACACCUGGCCGUGACACCUGGGGCUGCGGGCGGUGGGGAGGUGUGGCCGGCCCGCCCCGACUGGUGGGGCUUCGGGGGGGGGGGGGGGGGUCUGGGCCAUCGGCGCGAAGGUGGUUCCGGCGGGAAGGGGCGGUCCCGCGCCACCGUGGACAGUGCUUUCGGUGGAGGGGCAAGGUUAAGGUCAGCUGCCCGGCCUCCAUGGCCUGGGGCCACCGCCCUCAGCCCCUCAGCGAGUCCCCUACGCAGACGGUCUAGGGGCGGGUUUUCGGAGCAGGAGGAGGCCUCACCUGUGUAGGCCUCAGUGUCGAUGUCGAUCUUGCUGAUGGUUUCGCCCUCGUCGUCCACCGCGAAGACGAAGUCCACCUCUUCCGCAUUGUAGGUCUGCGAGCUGCGGAGCCAGGGCCAGCGUGUCCGUGCCGCUCCCCGCCCCCGCCCCGUCCCGUCAUCACACACCCCCCCCCCCCGCCUCCGCCUCUGAGCGGCUCGCCCCACCGGAAGACGAGCGAGCAGUUCUGCCAGUCGAAAGGGAAGUAGGUAACCUCCACGGCGCAGGUGCUGCGGUAGAUGGCAGGGGGCAGCCAGCUCACGUAGCCGCCCUCGUAGAUCAGCACGUUGGCGUCGUAGGCCACGCCGAACUGGCCGUCAAUGCUAGGGACCCCGAGAGAGCCGGCGUCGGCCGGGCUGCCACCCCCUGCCCUCCCAGCAAGCCCAGCCCCCGCCAGGUGCAGCCCCAGGCUCCAGGCCCCACCGCCUUCCACCAAACCCAACCCAACGAUGCUCACUUGUUUUCCAGCACAAUCUCUGGGAGCCAGACGAGUUCUGAAGGCACCCGCAGGGUCUCCACGCCCCCAAAAUCGUCCUUGCUGUAGUUGAGUCGGUAAUCCUGCCAGUCCUAAGGAGUGAGGACGGUCGCACAAGUCCCCUGCAUUUCCCACCUUGUGCCGGCCAGGAGUUUGGGGGAGGGGGUCGAGACCUCCUGCUGCCCCCCAGAGCUGACUCACGAUUCCGAUCCAGA